AUGGGCGUCCGUAUUGCUACACUGGAAGAUGUGCCCGCUUUGAAGGAGGUCAUCCUCAGCGGGCUGACCAACGACUCAGUCUGGCAGUACUGCUUCCCCUCAGCCGGCCGCUCAGAAGCAGCCUCAAAUCAGGUCGAGACGGUCCUCAAGAGAGUUAUCGACAAGGAAAACACCAAUUGGUUGUGUUUUGUCGUUGACGCUCCCAAGACUCACGAUCCUGUUUCUUUGGCCAUUUGUCAAACCCUUCACGCCAACUCAGACGAGCAAAAGAGCAUCUCUGAGCAAGUCGAGCAAGUAUUUGGUCUAUCAAACGGCGACAGCGAGAGCAAAACCGCCAAACGUCUUGCGGCACUUCAAUCAGGCAUUACGCAGACGCAGCAAACGUACCUCGCGCGCCACAACCAACUCAUCUUCCUCCAUGCCGUCAUCACGCACCCGCACUGGAAGCGCCAAGGAUACGCCAAGACGCUGUGCAAGCAAACCUUGCAGGUAGCGCGUCAGCAGGGCGCCGUCGUAGCGGCCCUCGCCAGCCCCUUCAGCGGCUACGUCUUCUACUCUGGCACCAGCUUCUCCAACUGCGGCCGCACAAAGGUCGAGACGGACAACGACAUUGAGAACCUCGAGCUGCAGAUCAUGGUCUCCACCCCGCCCAAGCCCCUCGAGCAGAGGAGGAGCUCCAUCAUGGACUAUCUCGGUGCGGGGAAGAAAGCCUCGCCUGCCAACAGCAGACGGGAGUCUUACGACCAGGACGCUGGCGCUGGCGAGCAGAGGCGAGGCUCUUUUCUUGACAUGUUUAGCUUUGGCGCCAAGACUCCCACCGCUGUGGAUGGAGAUGUCCGCAGAAAGUCCCAUGCUUAG